AAGAUUGUCUCUGAGAUAGUGAGAUGUGAAACAACAACAAAUCACUGAAGAAAAGGAGAAAGCUGAGAAGGGAGUGUGAGAAGACGCGAUUACGGCGAACAAGAUGUGUCUCCGUUACUCCCUCUUUUUGAUCCUCCUCUCUCUCAUUUCAUUCCAAGGUUUUGCUAAGAAGACGGCAGACGUGUCUGAAUUGCAGAUCGGGGUUAAGUUUAAGCCAAAAACGUGUGAAGUUCGGGCUCACAAAGGUGAUAAGAUCAAGGUGCAUUAUAGGGGAAAACUUACUGAUGGAACUGUAUUCGAUUCAAGUUUUGAAAGGGAUGAUCCGUUUGAGUUUCAACUAGGAAGUGGUCAGGUUAUUAAAGGUUGGGAUCAGGGUUUGCUAGGAGCGUGUGUAGGUGAGAAGCGGAAGUUAAAGAUACCCGCAAAACUUGGAUAUGGAGAACAUGGCUCUCCGCCUACUAUCCCCGGUGGUGCGACAUUGAUAUUUGACACGGAGCUUAUUGCGAUAAAUGAAAAACCAGCUGGCGGAGAAGAAAAUGGAGGAGAUGAAGACGGAGAGGGAUAUGGUGAUGACGAGCUAUGAUUUCGGUCUCCGUUCUCCAACGCUUUUGCUUCAGAGUUGUCACUUCUCUGGAUAAUACGGUGAAACGGUUUAUGAGCGUUUUUUUUUUUCUUCUUCUAGUGUUUCAGUACUUGAGUUUGGCUUUUAGGCGUAAAGACUGAGGAUGAUUGUUGUGGCGACUUUUAACUUUCUUUUUUCGAUUUUAUAAUUGACUCAUCCUUGGUUAAAUUAGCCAAAUCAAAUUA